CCGCCCUGAUGUCACAGUGACAGGACUAACAAGAUGGCGGAGGGCACUGGAGCAAAGUGAGGAGGACAAGACAACAAUAUAAUAAUAACAGACCGACAUUCGUUAGCAUUGCGACUGUACUGAAUCAGCCAGGCGCUGGGAAAAACUGAUCAAGUGCACCCUGGCUUGUACAAGAUAAAUCAGCGGAAAAUUGUAAACCUAACCAAGAUAAAAGCCAGCGUUACUUGCGUAAAAAAAUGUCAAGCAACCUCAAGCUAUCAGCGCAUACGUUUUUAUUUUAAACUUACAGGACUGUGAUCAUUUAAACUGGUUUACGUUUGGUUUUAUUUUUGCAGAGUUGAAUGUUUCGAUCAGAGCCCAAAAAAGUAAAGGAACCUUACACACUGUGCAACUGCAAGUGUAAACCAGAUCUGGGCUGUUGAAGGCUGGGCACAAUCUUGACUGAUUUAUCAUUUAACUCUUGUGGGCAUCUUGAUUUCAGGAGGAUCUGUUCCUGGAAAUCGAGGAGAAUAGGAUAUACCGAAAAUAAUUUUAAAGGAACGAGAUUGGGAAUUUGUAUAGUCUGUUUUAUUUUGUAUUUGUAAUUUAAAUCGCCCGACGCCAUGGCUCACUCCCCGGUGCAGUCAGGCUUGCCUGGGAUGCAGAAUCUAAAAGCUGAUCCAGAGGAACUGUUCACCAAACUGGAGAAGAUCGGCAAGGGCUCCUUUGGGGAAGUUUUUAAAGGCAUUGACAAUCGGACUCAGAAAGUAGUGGCUAUAAAAACAAUUGAUCUGGAAGAAGCCGAAGAUGAAAUAGAAGACGUUCAGCAGGAAAUAACAGUACUGAGCCAGUGCGAUAGCCCCUAUGUAACCAAGUACUAUGGAUCUUAUUUAAAGGACACAAAAUUGUGGAUAAUAAUGGAGUAUUUAGGUGGAGGAUCGGCUCUGGAUCUGUUAGAGCCAGGUGCUUUGGAUGAAACUCAAAUCGCCACUAUACUCCGAGAAAUAUUAAAAGGACUUGAAUACCUACAUUCAGAAAAGAAAAUCCACAGAGAUAUUAAAGCUGCCAAUGUGUUAUUGUCGGAGCAGGGGGAUGUUAAAUUAGCAGAUUUUGGUGUUGCGGGACAGCUAACGGACACACAGAUAAAGAGGAAUACAUUUGUAGGCACGCCCUUCUGGAUGGCUCCUGAAGUAAUAAAGCAGUCCGCUUAUGAUUCCAAGGCUGACAUGUGGUCGUUAGGAAUAACAGCGAUUGAACUAGCGAAAGGGGAACCCCCUCAUUCAGAACUACACCCAAUGAAGGUUUUAUUUCUAAUCCCAAAGAACAACCCACCAACACUGGAAGGAAACUACAGCAAACUUCUUAAAGAAUUCAUAGAGGCCUGCUUGAACAAAGAGCCCAGUUUUAGACCGACAGCAAAAGAGCUCCUGAAGCACAAAUUUAUUGUACGAUACGCCAAGAAAACUUCCUACUUAACAGAGCUGAUAGACCGGUACAAGAGGUGGAAAGCCGAGCAGUCCCACGAUGAUUCGAGCUCAGACGAGUCGGAUUCAGAACAAGAUGGUCAGGCAUCUGGUGGAAACGACCCAGGUGACUGGAUCUUUAACACCAUUAGGGAGAAAAAGGAUCCCAAGAAACUGCAGAAUGGAGCAGCCCACCUGGAGGAGUUUGAAAGGAACAAGAUACAAGACAUUCCAAAGAGGCCUUUGUCACAGAGCUUGUCUACGAUUAUUUCUCCAUUGUUUGCUGAGCUGAAAGAGAAAAAUGAAGCCAGUAGCGGUAAACCAGGAGCAGUAGAAGAGUUGCGGGAGGCUAUUUUCCUAGCAGAGGAAGCAUGUCCAGGAAUCUCUGACUCUAUGAUAUCUGAACUAGUACAGAGACUUCAAAGAUUCUCUUUAAGUGGAGCAUCGUCUUCCUCUCAGUGAUGGCUCCCCGACUUGGACGUGAAGAGAUGCUCCUAUAUACUGAAACAGCACACAUACAACAGUGAAGAGAGGCGCUCUUCUCCUUCAGGGGGACGUUCUCCAGUGAGCGACAGCCAAGAUGAAGUCUCUCAGAAGGGCCGUUAUUCUUCAGCUGCUUAAAGCAAAAGAUUCUUCUGUUUUUUAUUUUUAAUUAUUGUCGUAGUGCACAUAUUCAAGAAAAGAGCAGGUGGGGAGGAAGGUGGGUGAAAGAUGUGUAUGGGAGGAGAGAUGGGUUUGCCUUCCUCCUUUUGAUAUUUCCAGGUAAUCACUUCCAGUCAGUCUUCGCAAGAAAGCAGAUAAUUGCAACUGGAUUUUUGGCCAGGUAGUUAUGACUUGACAAAGUAAGCCUACCAAAAUUUAACCAUAAUAUAUUCUUCUGAUAAUGAAAAAGCGUUCACAUCGGCCCCUGACAUUUGAAGAUGAGUCCUAGUGCUUGUACUCCCUCAGAGGCAAGAUCAGUUGGUGAACAAGGUAACCCAUUUUUGAGUUGUGAUAAUCCACAGAAAACCUAGCAACAGAAAACUUGGCAAUCUGGUUCCUGCUGCUUGAAACCAUUUGACUGCUGGAAGUAUCUGGAAUUUCUACAAGGUGUGUCUCUUGUGUUAAAAUGCUCCGUUGUAUAUUUGGGUCUGUGCAAAGCAGAUUGAUCAUUUUUUUGCGAAACCUCAGGUAUCCUGCUUUAAGUUGAUGACUCCUCUGGGAGACGGAAUAUGUUCUGCUGGGUGUACAAAUAUGUAUAUAGGGUCGUUUUUACUGAUAUUGAGAAAGAGUGGAGAGAAAAAUAAUCACUGUGUACAAAAUGGCCAAGUGCUUCUGUAGAUACUGUUAGUAGAGGUAAAUAUUUAAAAACAACAAAAAAAAACAAAAACAAAUGGCCAUAACUGAGAAUUGCCUCGCCUCUGUUACAUGUACAUUUUGGAUAUAAGAGGAGAUUUAGAUUUUAUUAUUAAUAUUAUUUCCAGUGGUCUCCUAUUUGAAGAAAAGUUGAUACCCCACUUAACAAAACAAAAUUAUAAUUCUUAAGUACUGUAUGUACCUCAAGUAGUUUAACAAUGUUAUUUUGCAUUCAUAGUCGUGUUUCUUUAUAAACGACUUCUUUCUGGUGCUCUGCAACUCAUAAUGGUAUACACAUAUGGUGCUCUAUUCACAAAGAUUUGAGUUUGAUUCUUUAUGAAGGUGGUUUGAUAUUUAUAACUAGUCUAGGCUAGUGCUUUUAAACUGGUCAACUGUAGUCUAGAACAGUUUCUUGAAUAACAAACAGAUUUAUAAAAAAAAAAAAAAAAAAAAAAGCUGUUUUACCAACUGAUGGGUGAAGGCUUUGUGAGUAGGGCCCAGUUUCUGUGGAUUGAAAACUAGCUUUCUUUGAAUAAAACAGAGAGCAAGUCCCUUAUUUAAAAAAAAAAAAAAAAAGUCUUCGGCCAAAACCAAUACAAUCUGAAGUGGAGGUACCCAUUUUUAAGGCAUUUUAGGCCGUGUUGUGUAAUUAUUAUGAUACAUGACAAUUUUAGAUUCUUAGUACAAUGAAAAUGUAUUUAAUUUGACAAUUAAUAGUAAUACGAUGCAAAGGGUGAUCAUGUUUCAGUUUCUACACCAUAUGUUUAAAUUCAUGAUUCUUCAAGUCGGUACUAACCUUGCUACUUACAACAUGUUAAUGUGUACUGUAGUACCACUUGCUAAAAAGAUGAAAUAUUUCUUACGGUGUCUGAUGACUGAUGCAGUCAUUUGUGCAAGCCAUUGGUCUGUAAAGUUGGGAGGCUGAUGGUGUUGUCCUGCCAAAGUUAGGUUGUCCAGUUUUUGGAGUUCUUAGCAUGGCAAUUUUGAAUGCAUGGAAUAAAGCUUGUGUGCUUUGUAGCAUACUGGAUAACUAAGCAGCUGGGCGUGAUCUUUUUUACACCUUUUUCACCACGAUGUGGCAUCAGCAACUGUCACGGCUUUAAGGAUUUUGUAAACCAUUUUUUUUUAUCAAUUUAAAGAAAAACAUGAGAAUACAGGAACAUUUUGUGAUACGGAAUUUGGCAUUUAUUAAUUAUAUUCUUACUUUUUCUUUUCGGUCCUUUUUUUGUUAAAUCAGAAAAAAAUAUUUUAUUUGCAUAUUUUAUUUUUUAAUUGCAAGUCUGGGAAAAGAGUAGAAUCUUGUUUGCUAGCACCUGGUGUUCCUAAUGGAAGUCAGUUACGAUGAUUUGCUUGUCUAAAGGAACAGGUGGUUAAGAUGCUCCUUUACAAUUAGUUGUCCAUGUUAGGGUUCGGUUUUAAUAGGCUUGUGAGCUUUCAAAAGGGUUUUCCUAGUUCUGUGCAGAGUAUUUGCCAAGUGCAGAAGGCUUGCCAUGCACUGUUUGCUGUAUGCCUAACAGGAACGCAAAAGACAGAGUCGUGAAACGCAAGGGUUUAUUUCAUUACUGACAAUAUUUUAACACAUUUGGACCCUGUUUUUUUCUUUGGCAGCCAUGUGCUAGUAUGUAAAUCUCACACGGCUUUAGUUAAGAAGACAUGCUUCACUGUAUUGGGUGGUGCAGUUUGGUCAGGUAAUCAUUUCUGUAUUUUUGGGGGGCACCUUAGGCACUAAGUAAUGCAACCUUUAGAAGUCUUGCAAAAAUAAAUAUUAAUCAUAUUGUCUUGAGGUUUUUAUUUUCAACAGCACGUUACUGGAAGAUAGGAGACACUGCCCCCUUGUUAUGGAAGGGUUUGUUUCCCCUCCUACCUUCAGUGUCCAUCUCAGUGAAGGUGUGUGUUAACAGGUGCAACAUGCCUGUGUGAUUUGAAUGACCAAGCAUCUUCCUAGUUCCCACCUUCAGUAUCUCCCAGAUAAAGUGCCAUGCUUUCUUUUAGAUUUAUUUUUUUGUAAUAUAUUUUGCACCUUGUGGAGUCUGUCCAGUUGAGUUCUUAAUCUCUGUGUUGCACUUUGUCAGAGUUUUUGAUAUUUUAAAAACGUGGUACUUGAGGCCAUCAUUUUGUGUUGUUAUUUCUUACUGUUACUGCACUGUACCUUUGCAAAAAUGGCAAUAAAGUAGGGUGAUCAUCAGGAUACAGUCUUCAGCACAGGUGUAUUGUAGGGUUGAAUCAAUAAAGAUUUAAAGAAAUCCAAUAUUUUUCUAACUGUGCAAAGUAAUGCAGUAAAAUAUGGGACUUCAUGGUGUUUAUUAUUAAUGAUGGGAUACUUAUUACAGAUGCUAAUUAAGUGUAAAUUUUGUUUUCUGUAACAUUGCUGACAGUUUAUAGACCUGUAUAUAAUCCUUGCUUAUGUCAUUAAACACUGAGGUAUUGAACACCUUGUAAGCUUUCAAGUGAUUACGAAAAAAUAAAAUCUAAUGCAAAUUUA